AUGGCGACAAAUCUUGAGAUCGAUUCAGCCGACGUCAUUCGCCUCAUUCUGCAGUUCCUGCAGGAGAGCAACCUCACACGCACUCUCCAGGUUCUUCAAGAGGAAACUGGCGUGUACCUGAACGCAGUCGAGAGCGUUGAGGAAUUUGCGGGCGACGUGCAACAGGGGAAGUGGGAUUCCGUGCUCCAGACUGUCUCCCAUUGCAAGUUGCAAGACGACACACUUCAUCUUCUGUAUGAACAGGUUCUGUGUGAGAUGUUGGAACUGCGCGAAGUCGAGUUAGGGCGUUGUCUCCUCCGCGAAACGAGCGUCUUCAACCAGUACCGCCUGCAGCAUCCAGAAAAGUUCAAGCGCCUCGAGCUCCUCUGCAAUAAACCAUUCUUCGAUCCGAAAGACGUGUACGAACACUCCAGCAAAGAAAAGCGACGUGCCACCAUCGCGCAAGCAAUCGCGAACGAGUUGCAAAGCGUCCCAGCUUCUCGCCUCUUGACGCUUCUCGGAAUGUCCUUGAAAUACCAAAAACAGAAAGGCAUGCUUCCUGCGGGGGACAAAUUCGAUCUCUUCCUCAACGCAGCCUCGACAGGCAAGGAAGGCCGAGAGGAAUUCCCGGUGGCAAUCGCGAAAACGAUCAAGUUUGGCAGCAAGUCGCAUCCGGAAUGCGCCGCCUUCUCGCCCGACGGUCACCACCUCGUGUCUGGCUCCAUUGACGGUUUCGUGGAAGUCUGGGAGUGGACAACGGGACAACUGAACAAGGAACUGUCUUACCAGAAAGAGGACGCGUUGAUGAUGCACACAAGCGCCGUUGUCGCCGUCGAGUUCAGCAGAGACAGCGAAGUGCUUGCCACGGGCAGUCAAGACGGCCAGCUGAAAGUGUGGAUUGUCGCAACGGGACAGUGCGCCAGGAAAUUCGAUCGAGCUCACGACGGAGCUAUUACGUCGAUUUCCUUCAGCAAAGACAACACGCACCUCCUCACGUCAUCGUUCGAUACAACUGCGAGAAUCCAUGGUCUCAAGUCAGGCAAGACUCUGAAGGAAUUCCGUGGGCAUUUGACCUUCGUCAACUGCGCCCUGUAUCUUCCCGACAACACGCGGGUUGUUACAGGCAGUGCCGACGGAAAGGUGAAGAUCUGGGAUGCAAAGACGCAAGACUGCCUUCACACCUUUGCGCCGCCGCUUCCUCCGCACAUGAACGGAGCGCAGCACUUGCCUGCGAUCAACAACAUCAUCCUUGCUCCCAAGCGUGGAUCCGAGAAGGAUUUGAUUUACGUUUGCUCCAAGACAUCAACCAUCAUGUUGAUGACGCUGGAAGGCCACGCAAUCAAAACGUGGUCCAGUGGAAAGAAACAAGGCGGAGACUUUGUCUACGCGUGCUUGUCGCCUCGAGGCGAGUGGCUGUACUGCGCCGGAGAAGACAACACUCUCUACUGCUUCGCGAACGCGACAGGAAAACUCGAGCACGUCAUGAAGAUCCACGAAAAGGACGCGAUCGGCAUUGUGCACCAUCCCCAUCACAACGUGAUGGCUUCCUGGGGAUGCGACGGCUGCCUCAAUCUCCUACGGCCUUGA